AUACCGGAUCACAAACGCGGUAACACUGCGAACAGGCGAGACUCAAGACGAGGUCGUUGUCUUGGGACUGGCGAGUUGCUUCUGUCCUUUAACCCGAAAGAGGGUAGCAUGUUGCGACUCAUACUGCGGAGCACAGACCGCCUGUUUGCACGGCGGCUCAUUUGCUCUGGGAAUCUGUUGAAUAGAAGAUCGGUGUUAUCAGGAAGGCCGGUAGAGACGGCGGGAUGGACGCUUCUGACCGGGAGAUCAGGAGCACAUGAGGGGCAAGUCACUGUUUCAACAUCGUCACGCUGCUUCAGUGUUUCUUCAAGAAGAAAUGAAGAGAAUAAGCUGAUUUAUAAAGGGAAUCUGGCAAAAGCGAUAAUUCGUGUGAAGUUCUUCUCCUAUUCCUCCAGUAUGUUUAGCAUCUGUGUUGCACCUUAUCUUUUUCUGAAGACUGGGAUUGGAGUCGAUAGUCUUGCAUUACAAGUGGUGUUUUGUGGAAUCAUUGGAUUCUUUACCUUUAUGACCCCAGUGCUCCUUCAUAUGAUUACGAAGGGCUAUGUGGUCCGCCUGUAUCACAAUCCUCGGACGGAUAUCUACACAGCAGUCACCUACAGCGCGUUACUGUCCGAGAAAAAAACUGCAUUUCAUCAAAAGGAUGUCCAAGUGCCCGAUGUCAGUAAGAUGUUCACAAGUUUUUAUGCUAAGAAGAAGUCCAUGUUGGUAAAUCCAAUGCUUUUUGAAGUACCGAGUGACUACAAUCAUCUAAUGGGCUUUGAUAAACCGUUUCUGUUUGACUUGGAAGAACUGCAGUUUCAGGAUAAAAGAAAAGAGGAAUAAGAUGCAUUGUAAAGAUGGACUUCUUUUAACAUGGGAAAUGCAAAUAAAACACUUCUAAAAUA